CUCUCUGCUCAGCAGCCCAGGAGUCACUGGAAGAUGUUCUUGACUGCAAAAAUACUUGUUUUUGCUGUGAGCGUUUUCCUACGGGCAGCCACAGGCUUUGACAUUGGAUUAUCCACAAAAUGUGUAGUGAUACCCAAGGAGAUGGACAUGUGCCACAAGAUUGGAUACUCUGAAAUGAGGCUUCCCAACCUGAUGGGACACACAAGCAUGGCAGAGGUUAUCCUAAAAUCCACCACCUGGCAGCACCUUGUGCACACAGACUGUCACCCUCACGUGAGGACGUUCCUGUGCUCCCUGUUCGCACCCAUCUGUUUAGAUACGUUUAUCCAUCCUUGCAGGAGCAUGUGCAUUGCCGUCCGCGAGAGCUGCGCCCCCGUGCUCGCCUGCCACGGCCACCCCUGGCCCCACAGCCUGGACUGCGCUCGAUUCCCUGCGGACGAGGAUAUGUGCCUGGCUUCUCUCACAAAGGAACAUAAAUACCUGCACAAAGUCCUACCCAAGCCUGCCUGCCAGACCUGCCCAGCAGUGGAGGAAUUCUUUACGCACAAAAGAGUUCUAGAAGUUUUCUGUGACAGUAACUUUGCUGUGAAAGUAAAGCUGUCCAGGAAGAGAACAGUGUUUGGUGACCGAGAGUAUAACAUUGAAUGCCAAGUGGAAUUUGUCACCCAGGGCUCAAUCCCACCUUAUGAAACUCAGAGUAUGAUACAACAGUGGCUGCUUAUCAAUGAAAACUGCACACAGAGGAUGACUCCAACCUAUCGUCCCGUGGUAUACCUCCUUGUGGGGAAUAUUGAAGAGGGCAUGGUUUUAGUAAACCAGGUUUUUCGUUGGCAGAGGAAGGACUCCCAGCUGACUUUGGCCACUCACAAGUGGAGAUACCAUAAAUGCUUGUAA